UGGCUAAAUGAUUCAGGUACAUGGAAUAAAAUAAAACUAUACAGAGUCCAAGAAAAAAAAGGAAAGAGAAAUGGUGAGACCAAUGUCAUUGUCUGGUUUUCAACAAGGAUAGACAUGACAUAUAGUAUAUGUAAAAAGAUUAUUAUUACCGCAUCGGCUUUCGAAAAGGCAGACCAAUUCGGAGAGAGCGACGGAGAUGAUUUUUGUUUGACAUUUUUCGAAAACCAGAUUUUUUUUGUUGUGUUGUGUUCCAUCCGAUUGAGGCUUGGUGGAGACAUGGCCGGAGCUAAUGAUGAUGAUUAUGAUCGUAACAACCGCCGGAUUGCUAACCAAUCGACGGAUUCGGCCGCAGAUGUCCCUGGAAAACGCGGGAACGAGGAUUCUUCUUCGUCUCUUGUUGAAGUCUCGUGCUCGAUUUGCCUCGAGUUGGUGGUCGACGACGGUUCCAGAUCCAGUGCUAAGCUCCAAUGUGGUCACCAAUUCCAUUUGGACUGCAUUGGAUCGGCUUUCAACAUGAAAGGAACCAUGCAAUGCCCUAACUGUCGUAAUGUUGAAAAGGGUCAGUGGCUCUUUGCAAAUGCCUCUACUCGCCUGUUUCCUGAGUUUGUCAUGGAAGAUUGGAUCCCUGAAGAAGAUUUGUAUGCUUUAAGCUAUCCCGAAAUGCAAUAUCGGGUCCAUUGGUGCCCCUUUGGUGAGCUCUCUCAAGCAGGUUCAUUCGAGGAACUUGAACCUUCAGCCCCUACAUAUCAUAAUGAGUUCCAUGGGCACCAUGCCGUUGCUAUGAACCAUUCAUAUCCUGCAUACGUUGCACCAGGCCCAGCCUCCACUCCAAGAACUAGCGAUAACAGCAACAACCCAGAUGACCAUCCCUGGAACAGCCACUCUAGUGACCACUUUCACCAGCUCUCUGUUGCUCCCCACUAUCACCAUCAUCAUCAUCAUUCUACAUCGUUUUCUCUUCCAGGUGCUCAUGUGAUUGAUGGUGAAAUCGACUCCUCAGCAGCACGGGGCAUAUCUCAUCCACACCCAUUUCUCUUCGGUUACCGGUCUAAUCCAAGAACCUCACCAGCAAUUAACACUCAACAAGGAAGCAGCAGUGCCCAAAUGCGUGAACACCUUCACACGCAGCAGCAGCAUCAUGUUUAUAAUAACCAAAGGCAACAUCAUGUUAAUGGUCCCAAUCUCGCAUCACCUCUGGUCUCUAUGACAAGAAGGGGAUUGCAGCCACUACCCAUGCCAGAUCAGAACGUUGGAUUCUUCCUUUAUCCACCACCACCUCAACCACCGAGCACAUCAGGUGGACACCGUGAACCAGAAAGCGAUCAGUUUCAUCCUUGGGAGAGAGACUGGUUUCCACAUUUCCCUAUCCCCUCGAUUCACCGCACAAUCUCUAGCUUCUGGCACAGACACUUCUGAGAGAAGUUGCAUGUGGAAGAAUUCUACCAGGCGUAUGAACCAACCAUGUAUAAAAAAACUGGGAGACUUGUUUGAUGGAUCAAAACUUGUUUAUGAUGUAACUAUAACUUGGUUUCCAAUGUACAUUGUGGCCUUGCCAAGGAUUGUUGUUACUAAACAGAAGAUUCAACCGAUU